AUGUCAAUUCCUUUGAGCAAUAGAGGAGCAAGUGACAGAAGAAUAUGGAAUGCCUCAGCUAGAGGGGUUUUCUCAGUCAAAAGUGCAUAUGCGCUGGAGUGUACUCUACAGAAAAGGAACGAGGGUGGUAAAUCUUUCAGUGGGGCUGCUAAUAGGCAGUGGAAAAGAAUUUGGGAUCUUAAGGACAAUACCUGCCCUGUUUGCUUGAGUGAACCCGAAACUGUGGUGCAUGUGUGCUGGGGGUGUUCUGCUACAGCAGAUGUGUGGGGUAGGAUUUCUGUGUUCAGGAAAUGGAGAAGAGACUUCUAUGAUUUUCAGGCCCUGUGGGAGGAGAUGGGAACGAAACUAAAACAGGAGGAGUUAGAGCUGGCUGCUACUGUCAUGCAUAGUAUCUGGUUGAGGAGAAAUGAAAUGGUUUUCAAUGGUAAUUUUCAGUCUCCGAAUGCAGUCAUAGCUAAGGCACAAGCUGAUUACUCUGUAAAUAGGGAGGUGCAGGAAGGUGUUCCAGGGGCAGCAGUUAGAAUUCUUGGUAGUGAAUCCAGGCAGUUUGAUAAAGAUAGGGGAAGAAUGGGGAUAGGGGUGGUUGUAAGGGAUUCGGAGGGGGCUUUGAUUGGGAGUCUGGUUGCACCAAAGAGGAAUGUCACCUCGGCUUUCCAAGCAGAGGGUCAUGCUCUUCAUAGAGCAAUGGUCUUCUGCAUUGAACUGGGUUUGAUGCAUGUAUGUUUUGAAGGGGAUGCAAAAGCUGUAGUUGAUGCUGUAAAUUCAGAAACAGAAGACAACUCUUGGGAUGGCCAGCUAAUUGAAGACAUUCGACAGCUUAAGGCAGCCUAUCUUGUGUGGAAACUAGGUUUUGUCCGAAGAUCUGUAAAUGCUAGUGCUCAUGUAGCAGCUAAGUUAGCAGUAUUUUUUUCUUGUGAAAGUGUAUGGCUGGAGGAUGGUCCAAGUGAGGUUAGAAAAUCCAUUAUGGAUGAGUUAGUGUGUAACGAACUAAUUCAAUCUUAG